AUGAACAAUACCUCCGCUUCUACCAUCGGCUCAAGACAAGAUCUUGAUUCAUCAAAGAACUCUCCCUCCAGAAUGGAAGGAGUCACAUUGUGUAGUGCUUUUAUGCUGACAUUUGUCUUAGUUGUUGCGGGGAACUUAAUCACUAUUAUUCUUUUUGCAAAAAACAAAAACAUUCGCAAGAAAAAUUUAUUUUUACCUAUCAAUAUGGCGUUUGCUGACCUGUUUUUAGGAGCUGUUGGUUUACCUAUAUACAUUUAUGAUGUUGGCUUCUAUUUCCAGCUGUGGACCAGCCGGAUUGGGAACUUAAGCAGUAACAAUCGUCUCUAUAUUUUCUUCCUGGCCUUUGAUACAUUAUUCUCACAGGCUUCAAUCAUUUCUGCAGCCUUCAUAUCCUGUGAGAGAUUUUACGCCAUGUAUUGGCCGUUUAAGCAUCGAACAUUAUCAACUCGAACAUACCGUGUCCUUAUUAUUAUCGUGUGGAUAAUUACCCUA